AUGGACCAGACCAUUCCUCCUUCCCCUCCACCUUCUCUGUUCGAUCGCUCCUCUUCCACGCCCAACGCCUCCUCGAACUACGAAGAUCCAACCCUCCUCUCUCACACGUCGGCUUCCGCCUACAGAUUCCAAUUUCCUGAUCUGGCCGGCACGGCUUCGCACUUCGACUCCAUGAUGGCAAACACACAGGCACCCCAUGGCCUCCCGCUCCAUUAUUCAAACCUCCACCCUGUCGACGACGCCGGUGCAUACGAGAUCACACCGGGAACUGCAUCUGCACCAAAUCCUUACACUCUGACAACACCCGAGGCAUCGCCUCCGACUGCGGUACAACAUCUGCCCGGCAUGGCCGGUGGCGCAGCAGCCCCAAGAACAGCACAGGAACUCAGAACUCUGGGCGUCCGGUCGGGCCGCAUAGAAAAGAACUCGAAGAAAAAGACGGCACCAUCCCCACCCGCUCCAAAAAAGGACAAGGCCGCGGCAACGGCAGCAGAAGCAGCAGCAAUGGAAACGGAAACGGAAACGGCGGCCGAGGUAUCGGGCCCUCCUGGCCUGUCCACGCUGGACAGACCACUUAGCAUCCUGACCAAGGACUGGGAGAUCCCGGUUGUUGACAUUGCCACAUACGUCCACCGGUCCGUCGAAGAUCGCCGCACUGAGGUCGAACAAGGCAAGGUGCCUGGCAAGAUCAAGCGGGCCAUGAACGCAUUCAUGCUCUACCGCAAAGCAUACCAGGACCGCGCCAAACGGUGGGCCCAGCAGUCGAACCACCAGAUAGUGUCCAAGGUGUGCGGCCAAAGCUGGUCCAUGGAGCCGAGAACUGUGCGUACCCAGUUCAACGAAUGGGCCAACAUUGAACGCGACAACCAUCGCAUGGCUCAUCCGGAAUACAAGUUCACCCCAUCCAAGCCCCGUAAGAAGAUCGGCGACACGUUCGAUGACUUCUCUGACCCGGAAGACCCCGACUGGGACGUCGGACGGCGUCGCUCAAACAGCAGAACACCCCUGCGCGACCUGGACGGCGACUACCGACCGUCCCAUACUCCAUACACAAACCCGUACGCCACUAGCGUGUCCCACUUGCCGUCGUACUAUCCUCUCCAACGUCCCUCUCACCUGUCGGGUCCGGCCGGCCACUCGGUGUCCAUGGCAUACGACACAGACCCAUACGGCACAGGAGAACUGCACUACCAGCCCGUUGCGGUCGCAGGAGGCCACCCUCAUCAACCCCAACACCCACUGGGUUCUGGGCUGAGCUUCACCACGGCUCCUCAGAGCAUGGACCUUGGCACAGCUCACCACUCCAUGGACGCUCACCACCGCUUGGGCCAGCACGUCGAUCCAGCUUUAGCCCACUAUGACAUGUCGGGGCCACUCAUCGGCGACAACUGGCAGCCUGGCAUGCCCCUUGGCAUGCCGCCCAACAGCGCCGAACAAGACAUGUACGCUGGUCCAUACUUUGCUGAGAUGGACGAAUCCUACAUGCAGGACAACCAACUGCAAUAUCUCCGCGGGGGUGAUGAGACCUGGAAGAUCGACACUAUCAAUGAAUCGGAGGUAUGGCAUCCGGAGUGA